AUGUUGCAUAACGUAAGGCACACAGCUAAUCUGAGAGGCAUGGACGUCAGCAAAUCUGAAAAGUCGUUAUCUUUGAACAUCUCAGCAACGCUGACUCCACCGCUCACCACCAACGUUUCCCUGCCAUACCGGGAACCCUAUCUGCAAAGACUGGUCCACCUGGAUGAGGGCCUCUAUAAUGACUUCUACAGCCUGUGGAUUGCCCUACUGGUCAUAAACUCUUUGAUCUUUAUGGUUGGAAUGGUGCUGAACAGCCUGGCUUUGUACAUCUUCUGUUUCCGGACAAAACUCAAGACCACUUCUGUUAUUUAUACCAUUAAUCUGGCCAUCACUGACCUCCUGGUAAAUCUGUCACUUCCUACACGUAUCAUACUCUAUUACAGCGGAGGCAAGUGCUUGAACUGCUCUUACGUCCAUAUAUUUAGCUACUUUGUGAACAUGUACUGCAGCAUCCUGUUCCUCACCAGUAUCUGCGUGGACCGUUACCUCGCCAUCGUACAAGUGGAAGCAUCGCACAAGUGGCGCAGCCCCAGUGUCGCUAAAAUAAUCUGCAUUUGCAUCUGGCUAUUCGCCGUCGUAGUCACCUACGCUUUCCUCACCACGGCGAUCAAGCAUUCUGCCUGCUGCGUGUCAAAGCUGUUCACGCUGACCGUCUUCGAGUUCUUCUUACCACUGCUGAUCAUUGUGGUGUUCACAGUUAGAAUCACGUGCGCGCUGUCCGGCCCAGGCCUGAUGCAGCGGAGCAGGGAGAGACGCAUGAAGGCUGUGCAGCUCCUCAUCACCGUACUGCUCAUCUUCACUGUCUGCUUCACACCGUUUCACGUCUGUCAGGUCAUAGUCUACUUUCAUCCGGAUCUGCCGCACCACGUGAUAGUCUACCAUGUAACUGUCACCCUCAGCAGCCUGAACAGCUGCCUGGAUCCUGUGGUCUAUUGUUUCAUCACCACCAACUUCCAGUCAACCGUGAGGAGGUUCUUCCGUAAAGCAGAGACAGAACAAACCAGCGGUGAUUUUAUUAGCAUGCAGAAAACAUCCAGAGGCUCGGGCACUUUCUUUGCUAUAACUAACAACACGAUAAUGAUGAAUAUGAAUCCAACUUAA